AUGUCUAUCACUACCGUCCAAGAACUUACCCUGGAAAUUGAUCAACUGCUAGAACAAUACCUUCACCUCCUUGAUCAAUACACUUCACUACGAUCUGAGCUUUCUUCAUUAUCUUCAUCCAUGCACAUCAACCUCUCGCGAGCAAACUUCACGCCGCAAAAUGGAAUUCGUUAUGAUACCUCAUUCUUUGAUGAUCGUGUUCAAGCACAAAGGUUAUGCAAUGUAACGGUCCCCGAAAACGCCUCGAAUACACAAUCGGCACAGUCUACCCCUCCUCUGUUCGUCAUUAACGAAACAUUUUCUUCCGAAUCGGAGCCGGAUCUUUCAAACAAAGAUAUAAACGGCGAUGACACGAAAACCGUUUUUAAAAAGGAUCCACUAAGGAUGUUUGGACUUUUCACCCCACAGGCUUUAAAAGAUACAAAAGGAAAUAGUAUCAAGAUAAUGGAUAUUAUACCAAAAUUAGUCACUACGGAGAAAGCCAUGCAGGAUCUCGAAAUUCGCAUAAGGAGAACCAGGAAAUAUCGAGGCAAGGCAGAAAUUGAGGCCAAGAAGAAUUUACAAGCUGAGGCUCACUGCGAGACCAUCAUAUCUGCCUGA